AUGGUCAUGGCAACUGGCGCUGUGUCGGCACGGGAGACUAUUCCCUUGCCAACGACCCAACUCGAGCAGUAUGCGGUUCAACCAUUCCAGCAAAGUCCCGCCACUAGCUUCAGUUAUAUCCCAAAGUAUCAGAAAGCGAUGAUUCUGCACGGUAUCAGGCAGCCCUAUGAGUUGACCGACGAGCAUCCUGUUCCGGUGCCCUCGCAGCCCGAUGAGUUGGUCGUGAAGCUCUAUGCACUUGGACUCAACCCUAUUGAUUGGAAGUCUGUUGAUUACGGCUAUGGAAUUCCCAACCUCCCGUACGUCGCCGGACGUGACUUCGCAGGAGUCGUCGUCAAGGCGCCGCAGGCAGCGGGUGACUUACGCGAGGGAGACAUUGUCCUCUGUGCUUCGACCGACUACCGCGACGUCCGCAAGGCCGCAUACCAAGAGUACGCCUUGGCCCUCCGACACACAGUCUGCAAGCUCGCACACCACACCACGCCGGAGCAGGGCGCGUGCCUCGGGGUGGCCUACGUCGCCGCAACCCUGGCGCUGGGAUCAUGUCUAGGCGUCAAGCUGGCCGCCCCCAAGCUCAGCCAGAGCGUCGACCUGUUUGGCCUCGUCCGGUCGAUCCCGGCUUCGCAGGUGCCAGAGGACAUACGCGCCGAGUGUCUGGACUCAACUCUGCCCGAGGAACGGCCUCGGCCUGGUGACUGGAUCGUCAUCUGGGGUGGUUCGUCGACUAGCGCCCUCUUCUUGUCACAGAUUGCCGGCUGGGCCGGCCUUAAAGUCAUCCUGGUCGUCGACGCGGCCAAGCACGGGGCCAAGCUCGCCGAGACUGGCAGCACGCUUGUCGACUGCCAAGAUGCCGAGAGGGCCGUCGAGGUCAUCCGUGGCAUCACGGGCGGGAAUCUCCUCUACGGCAUCGACACGGUCGGCAAGGAUACGGCGGCUCGCUUGGCUGAAUGCAUGGGUCCCAACUCGGAACGGCGAGGCCACCUGGUCGCUCUCGCUGCUCCUCCCAAGCAGCGUCUUGAGGGUGUCGUUUACCACUCCGUCCCCAUCAAGCUCUUCCAUGAGGUUCCCGUCGUUGGACAGAGUCUCAUGUCGUGGUUGGAGAUGGCCCUCGAGUCAAGACUCCUCGCCCUGCCCUCUGUUUCUCUUGUGCCUGGUGGACUGCAAGGCAUAAACACAGGAUUGGACCAGAUGCGGCAGGGCAAGGUCUCAGGCAGGCGCCUCGUUGUGCCGCUCAAGGCAUGA